AUGGCGACCUUGCCUUUUGCACUCGUUCCCCUGGUCGGCAACCUCUCCAGGGCCUUUCCCCCGCGGCCCUUCCCCUCGCGCCCCGUCAGAGCCCACCACCUGCGUGCCAUCACUUCAUCGAGCUCCUCCUACAAGGUAUGCAAACUCUCUCUCGUCGUUUCUCUCUCUGUUUCGUCUCGUUUCUCUCUCAUUACACGUCAUUGGGCAGAGCAACGAGGAGAAGGUGAAGGAGGAGGCCAGGACGGCGACGGAUAAGGCUGCUGGGUCCGUGGGCGAGGCAGCAGAAAAGGCCAGGGAAGGCGGCAACCGCACCGUCGGGGCGGCCCGCGGGGCCUCCGCGCGGGCGGCGGAGAUGCUGAAGGAGACCAAAGAUGCGGCAGUGGAGAAGGCCGAGGGCGCGGCGGAGAUGCUGAAGGAGACCAAAGAUGCCGCAGUGGAGAAGGCCGCGCGCGCCGGCGAGAAGGCCAUGGAGGAGGCGGCAGAGGCAGGCGGCGCCGCCGAGGAGAAGACGAAGGAAGGGGCGAGCCAGGCUGCCGAGGCGGCGAAGGAGAUAGGCGACAAGGCGAAGCAGAAGGUGCAGGACGCAUGGGAGGCGGCCAAGGACGCCACGCAGAAGGUCAAGGAGGCCGCCGCUGGCAAGGCCGAGGAGGCGGCCGACGAGCUCGACGAUGCGAGGAAGCGAGCUUCUGAGAAGAUAAAUCAAUGA